UUCUCCUUCUGUCCUUCCUCGCCUUUUCCGCCUCUACUUUCUCUCUCUACUUUCUCUCUCUAUAAAUCUACCCAAACCCCACUAUUCCCCAACUGAAAUUUGCAGCGAGUUUUCCAGUUACACUCUCAAAUGGAGGUGGAAGUGAUGGUACCGUCUCCGGCCGGCGACUUCAACUUCGACAGCGCGUGCACUACGCCGUACAUGAGUGCUCCCUCAAGCCCUCAGCGUUUCGGCAACUUCUUCUACAGCGCCCCCACCAGCCCCACCAGCUCCUCCACUUUUUAUCGUGAUUUCAACAACUUAUACGGCGGCGACAACGUCACCGGCGGUGAUUGUUUGUCGACAAUCCCCUUCAAUUGGGAAGAAAAGCCCGGAAUUCCCAAAACAAAAGACGCAAUCAACACAAAUGAAGACGUGGAUUUCGAAUUCGAUUUCAGUGGACAGUUGGAGAGAACUUCUCUCUCCGCCGACGAGCUCUUCGACGGCGGCAAGAUCAGACCUCUAAAACCACCGCCACGGUUACACGGACUCGGCGAUUCCCCGAGGUCGCCUCGAUCUCCUCGAUCGCCGACCGGUGCGAGAUUGUUUAGAGAAGCAUUGUCGCCGAGGCAUAAGAAGAAAGCCGAUUUUGAUCCGUUCGCGGCGGCGAUCGAGCAAACUCGUAAAAACGAAGAUCAGCCACCGGAACAACAACAACAACGUGGAAGAGAGAGGACUUUGAAUUCAUCAACUUCAAUUUCAAGACACAAAGGAACCAGAUCUCUGUCUCCUUUUAGGGUGUCGGAUAUCUUGUUCGAUCAGCAACAGGCUCCAAAUUCGAACAAUUCUUCUGCAACUACUCACACCAAAACCUCAUCCUCAUCGUCAUCUUCGUCGUCUUCAACUUCAACUUCGUCGUGGAGAGAUUAUCGGAAAUGGAGGCUGAAGGACUUUUUGCUGUUCCGAAGCGCGUCGGAGGGUCGAGCGACGAGCAAAGAUCCACUGAAGAAGUACGCAUUGUUGAAGAAGGGCGGUGUCGAAGACGACGUCAAGAAUUCGAGCUUCCGGUCGACGGAUAGUGUGGGCUCUGUGUCGAGCAGGAGGAGAGGACCGGUUUCGGCUCACGAGUUCCAUUACAAGGUGAACCGGGCGGUGUCGGAGGAGAUGAGGAAGAAGACCUUCUUGCCUUACAAGCAAGGACUGUUGGGUUGCUUGGGGUUCAAUCCCACCGUUCAUGAGAUCUCCAAGGGACUUGGUUCUGUUACACGUGGAUGAUUCAGAUUCCUCGAUCUGAAUUUUUUGUGGGACCCUCCCAGUUCACUUGUUUUUUAAUCAACCGUUCGAUAUAGCGGGCCAAUGCCUAGCAACGUGAGCAAUUGCCAUGUGGUGGUGCUAAUCAUUACCAUUGAUUGAUGCACCGAAUUUUUUGAAGAUUUUAAUUCCCAAUGUAUAUUGUGCUUGUUUCAGUUCAUUUGAAAGAAAUUUCAUCACCAAAAAUUUCACAAAAUCAUAAAUAUUUUAGGGGAAUUUAGUGUUUGUUUAGGGGUUGAUAUGAAAUAAAAGAGACUAAUAAUGGACUGUGUUAGUAUAUCUAACUUUUCAUUU